GACAACCGGCCUUCCAUCAACCUCGCUAUGGUGUGCCGUGCUUGAAUCUCCAGCGUAGCAGCGGUCUGCACAUGGAGCUCCCUCCCACAGCGGGCAUUUGCCUGGCCGUGCGCCUUGCAGCCAAUCCGACGCCCCAAAAGCCACAUCCCGUGCGCGGGGCUGCCACGCCGGCAGCGGCAGCAUCCGUUCUCAUGAUGGCCGCUUCAGGCGAGAAGAGCUGUGAGUGGAACCUCAGCUUCGAGAAGCGUCGUGAAGGCUUCGAAGGCUUCGGCCUCGUGGCGGCCAAGCGGCCAAGCACCACGGAUCUGGAAGCACCGGCGUCGCUGCGGCGGCGGAUGCAGCCGCCUGCUGCCUUCAGCUCUCGCUCGAAGCAAACAGGCAAGGAAAGCUCGGCCGAAGCCGAAGGCAGCCUGGGCCAGUUCUCCGGGCUGCAGAGUGCCCCGGCCGAAGGUUUUCAAGAAUUGCGAGUCUGUGCAGAGAUUCUCGUCUGGGGUGGUGUUGGCCGCGGCCCGGCCAGGCUCGGGUCUCAGGAAUCUGCCAUGGCGAUCAUCUGCGACGGGACGGCGCUGGCCUGCACAGCGGCAGCUUUGCCGAGAAGGCUGGCCAUGGAUCGGCAAGCGGCAGGUGGACCCGCGCUCUUCUUCUUUCGUGAGAAGCCUAGGUGCUCGGAUGGUUUCGAAAAUUGGGCCAUUGGGCAGAAGACAGAAGCAGUCGCAGCCACCUGGAAGCUGGCCGAUAGCUUGCCUGAGCCACCAUCGACUCCAGAAGACACACCCGUGCCGAGCUGUUCGGUCGUGAAAUAG